ACAGAAACAGAAGCCGCGUCCCAAAAGUUUAAAUAUUUUUGGUUUAAUCAAAGAAGUACAAUUUGUGGUAUCAAAAUGUGGUGUAAUUUCGAGCAAUCGCAAAUUGAAGAUGAAACCAUUUCGAACGCAUUCUCAUCGCGUGGAAUUUUUAAAAUACAAAGUGGGGAGCAGGUAAACGAGUAUCCCGAAGUGCUCGCAUCAUUGCAAAACCAAAAAGUUGUUAUCUCCGUAGAUCAAAGUUUGAUAUUGCUUGAAGACGAAUUGGUGGCCAAAUGCAGUUUCCUCAGUUUCAAUGCGCAUAUAGAUGCCGUAGCAAUCUCCAAUUCAGGAAAUUUAAUUUUGGUUGGAUUACGUGAUGGCGAAGUACAUGGCAUAUUUAUUAAAGGUAUUCCGUUGUUCAGUGUAUCUGUAAAUGCUGAAGAUGUGCAUAUUACGGGGCGCACUUUUGCGAGUAUACAACAACUGGGGCAAAGCUUCCAUAUCAGUUGCACAAAUGGAAGUGUCUAUCGUCUUAGUGAAAUCAACGAAACUCCGCUGGAAGCAAAUCAAAAUAUUACCCUCAAUGAAAAUGAGACCGUCGCUUUUGAUGAAAGCAUGUUAGGUCCAGUGGCCAUUGAACAACUGGUAGGCACUGUGCGCGGUCUGAGCGAUGUGAAGUCAUCAGUGUUGAUUGUGCAAAGUAGUUUGGGAACUUUUGAACAGCCUUUCCCAAUGUAUAUAGCGGGCACACAAAGCGCUGUCUUCUGCAGGCAGAGCGCAGACAAUUUAACAAAAAUUAUGUUGCCCGAACACUAUGGUGGUGUAAAACGUAUUUUCAAUUUAGAUAAUUUUGUCUUACUCUUAACGGUUUCUGGACAUUUAGCUGAGUUUUGUCCUAUUACGAAAACUGUAUAUUUCCCUCAAACACAAAAAACGAAUGAGAUGUUAAUCGAUGAACUUAUCAUUAUGGAGUGCAAUGAUGAAAAUAUCGAAUUGCUGGUGAUGCUAAAGUGCCCGGAAGUAGGAGCUGAACGUCUUAUUAAGUUUUUGGAAUAUCCAUCUUUUAAGUGCAAUAGCGAAUUGGAAGUAUCGGAGCAUGCUUGGCUUGUGCAACAGCCUAAAUGUUCUGUUAAUUUAUAUUAUCUCAGUGGAAAUCAAACAAAUGAAAAUAAUCUUCCUACAGAGAUAGAAAUGGUUCUGGUUUCAGAAACACAUCCCAGCGAGCGUUUUAAAAAACUGAUUUCGAAAGGACUUCUAGAAGAAGCUGAGAGUUUCGGCAUGCAAUUCGAAUUGUGCUUACAACCGAUUUACGAGGCAAAAGCUAAACGCAUAUUGCUAACACUAACUUCUCUCGGUGAUAAUAAUCCUGAAUUAUUGGAAAAAAAUUUCAAUGACCUAUUUGCUAUAUUAAAAAAUAUUGAAAGUAGAGAAUUUUUCAAAAACAAUCGCAUGGUUAACAUGCCUUCACGUCGCAUACUGGAGGUUUACUUGCUUGAAAUGUUAAAGCAUUUACAUGAAGAAAGUGAUGAAGCAGAUGUGCUAGAGAUCAACGAACAGCUACGCCGUCUUGAAACACUCACAAUUAUUGAUCCUUAUGAGGUCAAUUCGGAAUGGUCGAAAUUUGUUUAUCACUCAAAUCUCACCAAAAUGAUUGUUACAUUAUUUAAGACAGAUAUGCCAGCGGCGUGCUUAAUUUGGAAGCGACACACUAACUCCAUGAUGUCCCGUUUGAAUGAAAAAGAAAUUUGCCAACUACUUAGCCUAAUACCAAGCCAUACUGAACCCUUCAACGUGGUACAAUGGUUACGUCACUUCGUGCCCACUGUCAGUUAUACACAUCCGAAAUUAAUGCCAUACUUCACCGAAUGGAGUAUACAAAAGACACGUACACUGCAAUACGCUGAACAUUGGCCCGAAAUCGGGUUAGAAUUUGCAACCAAAGUGUCGGAUAUAUUUGAGGAAAUACAAUUUAUGCAUUGUGACGUACGGCGUCAGCAUGAACGCAAUAUCGCUAAAUUACACGAUCUGGUGAACGCGUUGCAGGAUUUAUCAGUUUUAAAAAAACGUUACAAUUUAAUAUUCACGCUGGAUAAUUAUCUAAAAGAUUCAAUUGAUGAAACAGCGCUCUGCAUAUUGCAACGUGUACAUUUGGAUAAUUUAAAAAGUCUUGUCAAUGAUUUCCUCUAUCCAAUUUUUCAAGAAAAAGGCAAAACACCAGUCGAAGCAUUAAGUCAAUACAUAUCCCUUUUGGUGGUAAAUCGAAAUUCACUGAGCACUUGGUUGGACCGCGCUGUUGCCUGUAUUGAAUUGCUGCAUAACGAAGAUGAUCGGAUGGAAAGUGCACUGCUGGUUUUACAACGUGCACCAGUGCCCUGGCCAGAAAUUACAAAUUCACUUAUAAAAUUACGCUAUUCCACACAUCCACUCGCCCUAAAAAUCAAUACUGAAUAUGAAAUCCAAAUGAUUAAAGUUAUGAAAGUAAAAUAUGGCUGGCCAGCGGACAGCAAUACGGACAUUAAUCUCUCACUUUUUAUGGCACGCAUCGUUAAAAUGCAAUUACCCGAUAUGUUGAAUGAUAUACGUGUGUUGACAAAGGCUGCCCCACAGGUGGCUACAAGCGCUAAUUCCAAUUGCUGCUAUCAAUUAGUGCGCAGCAAUAAACCUGGGCUUGCUUAUAAAUAUUUCAAAUCGCUCAAUGAUGACAAGAAUAAUACAGCGUGUAUGGAGGUUAUCAAAUUUUUCGCGGGGCUGUUGGAGAAUUGCCCACCACCAAGCGAUGACAAAAACCUAGAACAACAAAAAAAAUUGCUUGAAUUUUUCCAACUAAUUGUGCCUCAUGCGACAUGUAACAGUUAUAAGCAGCAAUUGCGCGCCAUACAACACCGCUUCGUGCUAUGUCACAAGUUUCGGUUGCAUGUUAGUGCAGUCAGUGAAAUCGUGCCACUCUCUCAACGGUUGCAGUUACUCGAUCGUGGCAUCGAGUGCAUAAUGGAUCAAAGUCAAGCAACGGUAAAUGUGCCACGAUUUAUUGUCAGCGAAGUGGCUGAUUUAUGCGCAGCACUGCACUAUGAGAAAGUUUAUGGUGUAUUGCAUAUAAGUCGGCGCAUACACUGUCUGCCGCUUACAAGCGCCUUGGCGUAUGCAAUACUACAACUCGUCGAUUGUACACCCACAAAUAAGGAUGACUUUAUUGGUUUGGCAUUGGAGUUACUUACACAACAGAUUUUGGCAUUGCGCAGUAGUAAAACUGCAAGCACGAGUAACGCUCUAGACAAAGAUAUGGACGUGCUGACCUUUCCCUUAGUAUAUGAUUUAUUGCUUAACGCUUUUCUACUAGAGCAUCAGAAGCGCGCUGAAUUAUCGGAGUUAAUUAAAUACGUGAAAUUAGUUGCUCUCACCUACCCUAGUGAUGCGUUGAAGUGCUAUUAUGUCGAUAAGGAACGUGAGGUCAAUGAGAAUAUUUGCAAAGCAUUGGAUGUGGCGGAGAUUACACUAGCUGACACAACUCUUAACUUCUCAGCGGCACAAAUAAAUUGCUCAUUUAAUGCCAAGCCGGCUGCACCAGCAAAAAACCGUUAUUCUGUGUCAAUAUUCGAUCAAAUCGAAAUGCAGCCCGAACAACCGCGUAAGAAGAGCAAUAGCAUUGAACAAAUUUCGAUUAUGAAAUUUGUGGCGCGCAGUAUAUUGGUACUCCUAGCUGAAACUAAACCCAAAAACAGCGUGCUUUUGCAAUUGCGCACAAUGCUAAGUGAUGACAUAGAUAAGGAUGCAGCGGUGGACGAUUUCUUUUUAUCGCUAGAGCAAUUGAUCAAAGCGAAAAUGCAUGACGUUUGGUACAUAAUGGUGCAAUACAUUUUGGAAUAUCAAAAACGCUACGAAUGCAAUAUUAUUACCACAGAUUUUGUGUCGUUACAUUUGGCGCGCGUCUUCCGGCAUAUGAUGUCCAAUGAAGAUGUUGAUUUCAUAGAACUGUUCGUCAUGCUCAUCGCGGAUAAAAACAAAAAGCCACUAUUGGAAUUGUUGGGUAAAGAUGUGAAAAAUGACCAGCAAUGCAUCAGCCUGUUAACCCUCUCUGAAAUGUAUAAUGUGUAUCAGGAAGGACAUAAUCAAGUCGAGGCAAUACGCAACAAACGAUUGAAACAAUUCUACUACAUGGAAUUUUGCAAGCAAGAUCCUAGCAUAAGAGGAAAAUUCAAUGCCGACACCGAUGAUAUACAGCAAUUGCUGAAAAUAUUUCAUAAUAAAAGAUUAGAUGUGAAAUUGUUGGAGCACAUGAGUCAUGAUUUCAAUUUGGACUAUCAGCAAUUGCUAAUAACGCAGAUCGUUAGCAUUUUGCAUGGGCAGGAACUUAAAUAUGAAAUAAAAACUGAUGCCUUCGGCGAGGAAGAAUUAGUUGUGUUAAGUACUGUCAGCGGCAUACGUAACCUAUGUCAGCCAUAUCUGCAUGCUAUAAAAAAUGCAGAUAUGAUAGUGGCAAAGUUGAUACAAUUCUUUAAAGAGAUCAACAUUUAUUUUUAUGAAUUAUAUUUAUAUGUCAUUGAAAUGCUCACAUUUUUCGACAAAAUGCCAAAAGAAAUGCAGAUUUGGACAAGUAUGCUGCAUUUUCUUAAACACAAGAUGGUGAAGCGGCGUCGCAACCGUCCUGGUCCACUGGAAACUGAUAUGUGGUUGCAAUCGCAGAGUGAAAUGGGUGUCAUGCCGAAAAUUGCACGCUUUCGUUUGCCUUUCAAACCGUUAGUGGAGCAGCCAUUGAAGGAUAUUUUAGAUAACGAGCUCAGUGUAGACAAUUGUGAAAGCUGGUUCCCGCUCAUGCAAAUGCACACUGUGCUUAAAGGCUCGAGUGAUGUGGCAAAAGUGCAAGACUACCUGUGCAUGUCCGCCGUGAAGAAUUCCGUCGCUGAAUACAAAUCUAAGAACGAAACAGAAGUGUGGCAUUUGCAGCCGACAAAUAAUGCAUUCCUACAGGCGAUCCUACGUCUCGUCAAGCAUGUCACCAAUCCACAUAAAGUAUUUAUGAUACUAUAUUUUGUUGCGAAUUAUGCACCCGACGGCGCUGAUCAGGUGGAAGCUUCAUAUGAGUGCUACAAAUAUGCGCUGGCGCAUGAGAAACUCAUAACAAAUGAAAAGUAUCAGGAUCAGUUGGUUAAAAUCAAGCGUAAAUAUCCUAUACUUAAGACGCAGCAUUUACUCUAUAUUUAUGGACUCACCGAUGAGAAACUCUUGCGAUUGGUAGAGAACCCAACUGAACUCAUUUAUAGCCUCUAUCAUCAUGAGCUGAUAUUGAAAUCGGGAAAAUUGGACAUUAAUACAGUCGCUAAGGAAAUUGCUGAAUUGCAUAGCUUAAAUUUGCAAGCGAUACAAUUUCAGUUGCUGCAGAAGUGGCUUUCUUUCACAGUCAAUUCCGGUGAUGGCAAUAUGCUCGAGGAGACAUUCUUCGAAGAUCAUAAUCUGGUUGAAGAGGAUAAAACGGAUGCAGGUAAUGCGGCGGAAAAUGUUGUAAGGGCAAAUUACAUACUCAACAGUUGGCCUAAGAAGGAGUCCAUUCAAUUCUUGGUAUCGCACAUUUUUCCUUCUGAUGGGAGCGUAAACACCAGCAAGCAGCUACAAAUGUACGAAUGCUUUUUGAAGCUUAACGACGGCAGCGAGUCAUUCAAAAACGUAAUCAGUCAAAAGCAGUACAUCACUAUUAAGUGUGUGCAUGAGUUAAAGCAGUUGGGUUACAAUUUCAGCUUGGAAAAGUUCACGAGCUGCAACAAAAUCGACAUAUUGAAGACUAUUUGGCAACGCAAUGCACAAAAUCCGCAUACACUUGAGAUUUUGGCAAACAUUUGUCUGGGUUUCGAUAUAUUUAUUUCAAAGAUUUGGAAUGGCAUAUUGAAGCGAAUGGCAAUGUUAAAUAUGGUGCACGAAUUGAAUGCAUUGGUGGAUGUAUUGUCGUGUGAACCCAAAUUACUGCAUACAGAAGGUUUGAUCGUAGCGUGGCAAUGUGUAUUGUGGCAGCCUUUCAAAGCGGCUAAUCAGAUUCGGUCAUUUGCGCAGGAGGAAGUAUUACAAAAGGCUUUAUUCCGAUUGCAGAGCUGCCCAAUUGUGCAUAAGUUAAAUUUAUUAGAAUUUGCUGAACUAUGCGUUAACCUAGAGCGUCCUCAUAUGGCCGCAGUGGCGAUGGCUUUAUGUCGUAAUGCUGAAAAACGUGAACAAAUCAAAAAACUGAUUUUACACCGCAAAAGCGAACAAAUGCGAAAAGAUCUUAUUGAAUUGGAAGAUGCGGGACUACUUUCGGUGGUUUUAAAUCUUGCUCAGAAGGAGUUAGAUCUGUAGUUGUAUAUGAGAAAAUAAAUAAAGUUUGCGGCCGAGGUAUCGAAAUUGGUCAAAAAUA